AAUGUAACCAGGAGUUGCAGGCCCUUUACUGGAACAAGCGGGUACUGGCAUACGGGAACAAAUCACCAGCAUAACAAUGGCAUCUGAUCACCAGGCACCAGCCACUAAACAACAGCAACCUAUCUCAAAGAUUGUUAUCUUUGAGCAAGAGAACUUCCAAGGCCGCUGCCAUGAACUUAAUGGACCCUGUACCAAUCUGAAAGAGGCUGGUAUGGAGAAAGUUGGCUCAAUUCUUGUGCACUCUGGACCCUGGGUAGGAUAUGAACAACAAAACUGCAAGGGAGAACAAUUUGUCUUCGAAAAGGGAGAAUACCCCCGCUGGGACUCCUGGACAAAUAGCCGAAAAAGCGACAGCAUCUCUUCACUAAGACCAAUCAAAGUGGAUAGCCAAGAACACAAGAUUGUGCUUUAUGAGAACCCAAACUUCAUUGGAAAGAAAAUUGAGAUAAUAGAUGAUGAUGUCCCAAGUUUUCAUGCUCAUGGCUACCAGGAAAAAGUUUCUUCUGUGAAAGUACAAAGUGGAACAUGGGUUGGCUAUCAGUACCCAGGUUACAGAGGUUACCAGUACCUGUUUGAGAAGGGGGACUAUAAAAACAGCUCAGAUUUUGGCGCCCAGCACCCCCAGAUCCAGUCCGUGAGGCGCAUCCGUGAUAUGCAGUGGCACCAGAGGGGAGCCAUCCACCCUAGCAGUUAAAAGAAACACCUCUUCCAACUAGUGUCACUGGCAAGAAAGAAAUACGGAAAGGCUUUUACGUGAUCUGCUGCUGUUCUUCCCAUGGCAUGGUUAACCCGCAUGCCACUGUGUGACUAAACCUGCUGAAGCAAUUUAAUAAAAGCUUUGA